UACGUAACAACAUGGCAGGACAUUGCAACUCGACUGAGAAAUGUAUGCUAAACUAAAAUGGAUUAUGGAUCAAAAGUAAGGUAUUACUAUAACAUAAACAAUGCAAGGGACAUGUAGGAAUGCGUGAGAAAGAAAUAUAUAAUAUGCAACAUUAUUGGACAAUAAUAAUGAGCCGUAGGUUUUUAUUUUAGUGUAGAAGAUGGCUAAAUCACGUUAGCUGAGGCAUCAACAAUAGUUUGGUUCUGAAAUGUUAGGGUAUAUUAGUGGAAGAAAGGUUGGAAUCGACGAUCCACUUCGCCUUCGACGUGCAGAGUCCACACGAAGACUACUCAGUCUGGAACUGAAUCAUGGCAGAGAUGUGGAAAGAAUCCACGGCAACGGAGUCAACUGCCUGGACAUAGAGGCUGUGGAGGGUAGAUAUAUGCUGUCUGGAGGAGCAGACGGGGUCAUCGUGAUCUAUGACCUCGAGAACUACAGCGGGAAACCCCAGUACACAUGUAAAGCAGUUGGCACCGUGGGAAGAUCGAGUAGGUUUGCACACAAGUUCAGCGUGGAGACGGUGCAGUGGUAUCCAUUUGACACUGGAAUGUUUAUCUCCAGUUCAUUUGACAAGACAAUGAAGGUGUGGGAUACUGAAACACUUAAGCCGGCUGAGCGCUUCAUGUUCGACGGAAAUGUCUACUGCCACCACAUGUCCCCCGUCGCCCGGAAACAUAGCCUUGUUGCAGUUGGCACCAAGAACCCUAAACUUCAGUUGUGUGACCUCAAGUCAGGCUCCCGCAUUCAUGUGCUACAGGGUCAUCGGGCCGAGAUCCUGUCUGUGCGAUGGUCGCCCAGGAACGAGCACAUACUGGCCUCCGCCAGUGCAGAUAGCACGGUGAGAAUAUGGGAUGUACGACGGGCCUCCGGGAGUCUGUUUACCCUGGACCAACACAACGGAGACAAGUCGAAAGCUGCCGCCGAGGCAGUCAACACAGCGCAUAAUGGCAGAGUGAAUGGCUUGUGCUUCAGCGGGGAUGGGCUCUAUCUCAUCACCAUGGGAACGGAUGACCGCAUGCGCCUGUGGAACAGUAGCAACGGAGAGAACACGUUGGUGAAUUAUGGGAAAGUGAGCAACGAGAGCCGCAAGGGGUUAAAGUUCACGGUGUCGACCGGCUGCAGCCUGGACUGCGUGUUCGUCCCGUGCGGCAGCUCGGUGGCCGUGUACGGCCUGCACAGCGGGGAGCUGGUGGCCACGCUGAGAGGCCACUACAACAACGUGGACUGCUGUGACUUCCACCCAGACUACCAGGAGCUCUACACGGGAGGUAAAGACUGUAACGUCCUGGCCUGGAUCCCCGCCCUCAGGGCCCCAGAUGUGGAGGAGGAAAGAGAGGAGGGCGUUGGGCCUGUUGCGGUGAACCCUGCCUUUGAAGAUGCCUGGAGCAGUGAGGAAGACUGAGACGCACAGGGCGGACACAGAGGACUAAGUGCUCGAGGGCCUGCUGUUCUGGGGGACGGGGCCCCCAUUGGAAAUAACGCAUAGGACGGGAAAAUAAAGAAGAAUUGACAAUGCCUGAUUUCUACUUUUGUGAUAUUGAUGUAAUAAUAAUAAUUGACGGGACAGAGUGCUCCUCUCUGUCCUGGGGCAUUGGGGAUGUGACGUAAGAGGGAUGAGCACUCGCUUCUGUCCCUCCAACACCUCCACCAGCACCAACCGGCCUCCCAUCCAAGGAUGGACUAGGACCAGCCCUGCAUAGCUUCCAGAGUGGCCCGUUUUGCUAUGCAGGUAGCAAUGGCUUAUGUGAUACUUCGCUCCACUAAGGGGUGCAUAUUAUAUUUAUCCUUUCUUUGCCUCUUCUGUUACGUUGUUAUGAGCUCCUUCGCUAAAAUAAUUAAUGUAUGUGGGAUUCAUAAUUUUGGGUGAUUUUAUUUUUUUUUUUAUAUAUAAAAUGUUUUUACCAAAUAGAUUUUUUCUUUUUUGUGUAUGCACAUAACUUCUUUGGAACUCUGUUACGAUUCUGCUCACAAGGAGUGCAGGUCAUAUGAAUGUCUUUGAAUGCAGGUGUGGAAGUUGAAAAGCAAUUGAAUAAUCUGUUGAGGGAGCCUUGCAUGGGAGUAACACCCCAACAUCCGUACAAUCUGCACUGCCUCUUGUCUCUUCUUCUCUUGCCUCCCAAUUGCAUUUUUUUAAUGUUUAAAAUAUUCCUUGUGAUCCCCUGGUUAAAACCAGCCAGAAGGUUUGAUACUGAAACUACCUUGCACACCCUGCCUGCCUGAACAAACACAAACGUCUACGUAAUCUUAACAAAAUGUAUUUGGUACCAUAUUCUAAUAUUAUUAUUUAUAGCAUACUAUGGUAACGAUUAAUUCUAUUAUACUGAAUUAUUAGCACUGGAUUAGGCCUUUUACCCUGAUUGGUCUGCCUAAACAACAGGUGCGAUAUUAAAUGAAAUUUUUCAAUUUCAUGAUCUCGCAAUAUAUAUUUACCUGCACCAUGCCUAUUUUACAAUACAGUAAAGCGAAUAAGCUUUGGGUUAGACUAUUACAUGUCCAUUCAAAAUGUAAUUUACAGAAAUAAAGUAUUAAAAAAAAUAA